AAAUAUUUCUUAUCUAGAACUUUCUGCAUCCCAGUGCACCUUUUCCGCUGAAGAUAAAGGGCACUUAAAAAGUUGCACGCGGCGGAAGCUGAGCUGAGUGUCUUCAUAUUAUAUCUCCUAAUUUUAGGGUCAUUCUUCAAUUUUGUUGGCUAAGUUCACCUGAUACUGAGGACGUUCUAUACAGCCCCUCUAAAGUCUUUCACGCGUGCCUCCAGCCCUGUAACAAUAUCACAGGAUGGAUGUCUCAGAGCCACUGUCCUAUUCGCCUGCCCUGCUUUACGCGCCCCUGCUGGUGGGAUCCCUCUGCUUGGUGCUCAACUACGUGGUCUACUCGCGGCGCGUGGCCCAAUGGCGCAAGGCGAACAUCCCUUUCCUGACCCCGAGCUUCCUCAUCGGGCACAAGUACUUCUGGGGCGUCGGCACCAACUCCGCAACUGUCGUCCCCCUCGAUCGCAUCUACCAGGAGAAUAAAGACAAGGACCUUGUCGCUUUCUUCAUCGCCACCAUGCCUGUCGUUCUGCUUCGGAAACCAGCACUUAUCAAACAGGUAUUUGCGAAAAACUUCGACGAAGCGUUCAAAACGGGGUUUGCGGUAUCCCACAACGAAACGAUCACACCCCACAUGUUGAGCCAAUCUCCUGACAAAAACGUCUGGAAAGCCCAACGAAAUGCGCUCUCGCCCAUGUUCGUAACAACAAGGUUCAGCGGUGAGAGAUUCGCCGAUAUCAAGAACCAGAUCGCUCUUACGUGGACCCAUGUUGAGGAAACACGCCUCCAAGGAAAGCCUAUCAACAUCAAAGAGGUGGCAGGGAUCUUUUUCCAAGACACCAUUUCCAACAGCUUUCUUGCUUUGGACGACAACUCGUAUGUAGAGGAAGGAGAAUUUCGUAAUUUCCUCAAAAGUUUGGUGGAGCCAGGGUGGGGCAGACUGCUGAGCGUAUUUUCCCAGAUGCACCUCCAAGGAAUACCAACUUUGGAGUCGUUGAAGUUCAUUACUCAAAAGCACAUUGAGUCUAUGAGGAGUUUGCUACAGAGGCAGAUAAAGCAGAGAAGUCAGACUGGUGCCCUAAGAAAUGACCUCAUCGACCUCCUCAUCAAGCUCAAAGAACAAGACCAAGAUGGUAAACUGGAUUCAGAGACGGACGUCACGAAUGAAAUGCUCAGUCUCGGUUUGUCUUUCCUGCUGGGAGGUAAAAUAAGUGUUGCAAUAGUCGACAAUAUGGUGAGUUUCACCAUCCACCUUUUGUCCCUCAACCCGGAAUAUCAGGAGCGAAUAAGACGAGAAGUGGAGGAGGUCAUGGAAAAACACAACACUACAGAAUUCACAUACGAGGUUGUUCGCGAUCUUCACUUCCUCAACCAGUGUCUACACGAAACGUCACGUCUGUACCCGAGCACCCCAGUAAUAACCCGAGUGUGUACGGAGGACUUUACGCCGGCCGGCACCAACUACUUUUUCCAGAAAGGCGAGCUUAUUAUCGUCGACCCUUACUCCAUCCACCGAGAUCCAGAAUACUUCGAGAACCCGGAUGUGUUCGACCCGGACCGCUUCAGCCCGAAAAACAGAGACAGUAAAUCAGUGGAUGCUUUUCUCAGCUUCGGUAAAGGACCCCGAAAAUGUCCAGGUAGCAACGUUGCUCUCCUGAUAGCGUCGACUUUGAUUGGCUCUCUGCUACACAAGUACGAAGUGAGACCACACUCUCACACGAGGCAAAUGGAUGCCUCGGAUUUCCAUCCUCGGAGUUUCGCCAACGUCCAUAAGGAUGACGUCCUCGUUGACGUCGUGCCCCGAGAGAUUUUCGCUUAUUGAUUACUGAUCGGAAAUAAGUGCAACCUAUCGCCAGUGCAUUUUGUAACUUCUUAAACCGAUGGAAAUUGUUGCAAGUUGGUAAAAAUGCAUAUCUGCCAUUCGAAUUUAAUACAAUCGAUUAAUUAGUUAAGACAGUUCGUCACGUUGAAUUUUGAUUGUUCCACGUGCACUUUUAUGGAUGGAACUCAGUAUAUUGUCAAUUUUUAAGAUUGCCACUGCCUAAAACUGCAGCUAAAGUUAUAAAUAAUCAUAAAUAUGUAUUAUUACAAAUAAAUAAAUAAACAAACCAAUAUUUGUUAACUUAA